CAGUGCAUUGUGUAAGACGCGACCUGUUAUGGCCACCACUACUUCCGGGUUCCAGCAUUCUGGUCCAAAUCAACCUCUCCGCCUGUGCAACACACACUUUACACACGCACGGGGGACUGGCAGCAGGCAGCAUCGAUCGUGGCUCCUUUAAGACAAACUCAGACAGACAUUUUUUUAACCCUCUUCCUCUAGCCUCUCCAGUUGCAGCACUUGCAAAGGGGGGAGAGAGAGCAGGAGCGAGAGCUGAUUAGGAAUUAGGACUGAUUCAAGGAAAAAAAAGCCAGCGCUUUAGACCUUUAUGCAUUUGAAUAUUAACAUUUGAGGUGUCCUGACCAGUGGAAGCACACACAGCGGAUCGUCAUCAUUCAUUCACCACCUUGACAACCUCGUCUUUGAUUGACAGCUGGAGUGGCAAAAAGCCAUGAGACUUGGUAGUUGGGUUUGAGGGGCACUUUUAAAAAAAAAAACUGAUUUGGGGAAAGGAUAUUUGCUUUCUCCCCGCUGCUGUCUUGGAAACGAGAGGGCGAGAGUGAGACAGAGAGAGAGAGAGAAAGAAAGAAAGAGAAGGAGGGAGAGUUUUUUUUUUAAUUUUAUUUUUUUAAUGCUGAAUUAUUGUAUCGCUUCUCUGAGAUCCAGCAAGCUGAAGAUUUUACUCCAUUGCUCCCAUUGCUGGCGACGCUAAGGGAUUUUGACAAUUUUUUUUGGGUGGGGGGGGAGUUUGCGUUGUUUCUUUUCACACUGGCCUUAAAGAGGAUAUAUUAGAAGUUGAAGUAGGAAGGGAGCAAGCCAGGCCGAUGGCGCAAAGGUACGACGAUAUACCCCAUUACGGUGGGAUGGAUGGAGUAGGGAUCCCCACCACCAUGUAUGGGGAUCCUCAUGCCGCCAGGUCAAUGCAGCCUGUUCACCAUCUGAAUCACGGUCCUCCGCUGCACUCUCAUCAAUACCCACACACAGCUCACACCAACGCCAUGCCCCCCAGCAUGGGCUCCUCUGUCAAUGACGCUUUAAAGAGAGAUAAAGAUGCCAUUUAUGGACACCCCCUGUUCCCUCUUUUAGCACUGAUUUUUGAGAAAUGUGAAUUAGCUACAUGCACUCCCCGGGAGCCCGGGGUAGCGGGAGGCGAUGUCUGCUCCUCAGAGUCUUUCAACGAAGACAUAGCAGUGUUCGCCAAACAGAUCCGAGCAGAGAAACCCCUCUUUUCCUCUAAUCCUGAACUGGAUAACUUGAUGAUUCAAGCCAUACAAGUAUUAAGGUUUCAUCUGUUGGAAUUAGAGAAGGUACACGAAUUAUGUGACAAUUUCUGCCAUCGGUAUAUUAGCUGUUUGAAAGGAAAAAUGCCUAUCGAUUUGGUGAUAGACGAUAGAGAAGGCGGAUCAAAAUCAGACAGUGAAGACAUAACAAGAUCAGCAAAUCUAACAGAUCAGCCUUCCUGGAACAGAGAUCAUGAUGACACAGCAUCAACACGUUCUGGAGGAACACCAGGGCCCUCCAGUGGGGGGCAUACAUCACACAGUGGGGACAACAGCAGUGAACAAGGUGACGGCUUGGACAACAGUGUAGCUUCCCCCAGCACAGGUGAUGAUGAUGAUCCAGAUAAGGACAAAAAGCGACAUAAAAAGCGUGGCAUCUUUCCCAAAGUAGCCACAAAUAUCAUGAGGGCAUGGCUGUUCCAGCAUCUCACACACCCGUAUCCUUCAGAAGAACAGAAAAAACAGUUGGCACAAGACACAGGGCUCACUAUACUUCAAGUGAACAAUUGGUUUAUUAAUGCUAGAAGAAGAAUAGUUCAGCCUAUGAUAGACCAGUCCAAUCGAGCAGUAAGCCAAGGAACACCUUAUAACCCAGAUGGACAGCCAAUGGGAGGCUUUGUGAUGGAUGGGCAGCAGCACAUGGGAAUCAGAGCGCCAGGGCUGCAAAGUAUGCCAGGGGAUUAUGUGUCUCGGGGUAGCCCAAUGGGUAUGAAUAUGGGACAGCCAAGUUAUACUCCACCCCAGAUGCCCCCACAUCCUGCUCAGCUGCGUCAUGGGCCCCCCAUGCAUACCUACAUUCCUGGACACCCUCACCACCCAGCAAUGAUGAUGCAUGGAGGACCCCCCCACCCUGGAAUGCCAAUGUCAGCAUCUAGCCCCACAAUGCUUAACACAGGAGACCCAGCAAUGAGUGGACAAGUGAUGGACAUUCAUGCUCAGUAGCUUAAGGGAAUAUGCAUUGUCUGCAACAAUGACAGAUUUCAAAUAUUGUCUCUCUGCAAUGACUAUGGAGUUCCACUCUUGGCAUCUGCUUUGGACCAAGGAACAAUCCUAUUCUUCACAGGGACCCUGAAAAGCAGGAAACACCAACCGAAGUCAACUUCUGGGGACAUGCUAAAUAACUGUAUAAGACAUUAAGAGAACAAAGAGUGAAAUAUUGUAAAAUGCUAUUAUACUGUUAUCCAUAUUACGUUGUUUCUUAUAGAUUUUUUAAAAAAAAAUGUGAAAUUUUUCCACACUAUGUGUGUUGUUUCCAUAGCUCUUCACUUCCUCCAGAAGCCUCCUUACGUUAAAAAGCCUUACAGUUAUCCUGCAAAUGACAGAAAGGGCUUAUUUGCAGGAUUUUUAGAGCAUUAAAAUAACUAUGUCAGGCAGAAGAAUCUUUCUUCUAUCUUAGGAUUUCAGCCAUGCACACUCUCUCUCUCUCUCUCUCCCUUUCUCUCUCUGUCUCUCUCUCUCUUUCUAGCCUGGGGCGUGAAUUUGCAUGUCUAAUUCAUUUACUCACCAUAUUUGAAUUGGCCUGAACAGAUGUAAAUCGGGAAGGAUGGGAAAAACUGCAGUCAUCAACAAUGAUUAAUCAGCUGUUGCAGGCAGUGUCUUAAGGAGACUGGUAGGAGGAGGCAUGGAAACCAAAAGGCAGUGUAUUUGAAGCCUAAUUGUCACAUCAGAGCAUCAUUGUCCCCAUGCAGCAACAACCACCUUAUACAUCACUUCCUGUUUUAUGCAGCUCAAAACAUGAACUGAAGAUUUAUUUUUAAUAUGUUGACUUUAUUUCUGGGCAAAGCAUCAGUCGUGUGCAUUUUCCCAUAGUCCCAUCAUGGAGCAUUUAUGUAUACAUUGUAAAUAAAUUUUGUGCAAAAAGGACUGGAAAAAUGAUCUGUAUUAUUGCAAUUUUUUGUAAAAGUAGCAGUUUGGUAUGAGUUGGCAUGCAUACAAAUUUACUAAGUGGGAUAAGCUAAUUAUACUUUUGUUGUGGUUAAAACAAAUGCUUGUUGAUAGCCUUUUUCUAUCAAGAAACCAAGGAGCUAAUUAUUAUUAAUAAUAAUCAUUGCACACUGAGUCUUAGAGUUUCUGAUUUGAAACAGUUUGGAUUGUAUAAUAACUCAAAGCCCAGCUGUAGUAGUUUGAGUGCAGUAAUGAGAUCUGAAUCUAAAAUAAAAACAAAUUAUUUUUUGUCA